GUGUGAAGUUAGUUACUUACUUAAUAUAAAUUACAAUUGUGGAGUCAAAUAAGUGUAGAUAUAAAUAAUAUUUUUGUUUGAUAACAAAAAGAAUAUUUAAUUUCUCCGAAUUAUAAUAUUGAUAUAAAAAUUUAAUAGCUACUACAUUCAUUUUACGAAAUAACAAAUGGAUGUUUGAUUCAUAAGAAUGUUGAACAAGAUAUUAUUAAUAUUGAAUAUGACAACGAUAAAUCAAAUUGAUAAAUCUUUACCAUUCACGUUGAAACGAGGACAAGAAAAAUUUGAAGAUACUGAUGAUGAUAAUACAAGUCUCGAGGAUAUUAAUGAUCUUCUAUCAAUAUCAAUACCUUCACUUUCGGCGAAUAAAUUUCACAUUCCUACCGAUCUAAAUGAUGAAUUUCUUCGAUUAACUACUACGGUUCGUGCUGUAUAUUUUUCAUAUCUUCAUAAAUGUUUACUCACUAAUUAUAUUCUUUGCUAUAAAGAGAAAAAUGAAGAUAUUCCAAGUAGUCAAUUAAAAAAAUGUGCAAAUGAAAUGGAAUUGCUUGCAGUGCGAUCAUCUUUAGAAGCUACUUUAUAUAGACAAAAUAUGUUAAAAUUAAUUUCAGAUGUAAAAUCACAUACAUCAGAAAAAAAAGCUUAUAAAAAAUUAAUAAUAUUUUUAGAAACCCCAUCAACUAAAGUAGACAUUGGGGUUCAAACAAUUAAUACAUGGGCAGAAUUAGAAAGAGCAGAUAAUAUACAAAGUAUAUGUAUUACAUCUAAUUGUGAAGAAUUAUCCUUACAUAAAGAAACACCGAAAUAUAAAGAAGAAGAUGACAUGAAUAAUGAAAGUGAAGAUUAUGAUAUAUCUUCUCAAUUAACUAUUUGCAAUAAUACAACUUCACCUACUAUAAAUUCUACUCAUUUCCAUGAUAAAAUACAAAAUAAAUUCAAUAUCAAAUCAGAUGAAGAAAUAAAAAAAAUGAUAGUAGAUGAAGAGACAAUGAAAGAAGAUAGCAAUAUUUUUAAUUAUAUAAAAAAUAAUUCUAAUUCUCAAAUUCCAAACCAAUCUAAUAUUCAAAAUGAUGAUGAAAAUUCACAGGAUUCGCUUUUACAACACAUGGAAGACAUGUUUUGCGAUAGUGACGAUAGUAGUGAUCUUAUGACAUUAAUUGAAAAACAUUCAGGUGUUACUAAAGCUAAUAUGGAUAAGGUUAAUGCUCUUCUUCCACAUAAUUCAAAUGGCUCUAUUAAUAUGCCUGAAAAUAAUAUAAAAAUUAAUUCUGUUAAAAAUACUAAUAUAAAGACAUUAAAUACAAAUACAGGAAAGUAUAGUUUUAGUUACUAUAAAGAAAUGAAAACCAGACAAACUAAUAAAUUACCAGUUGAAAAUGAAACAAUAGAAAAUAAACAUAAACGUAGAAUAAACAGUAUUUGGUUUGUUGAACGUGUAUAUCAAGUAUCUAAAUUAAAGGCAAAAAUGACAGAAUUAUCUUUAAAAGAUUAUAGAAAACAUGGUAGAGUUAAAGAAAAAUUCAUUGAAUUAUUUGGAGAAACUGAUGACGAAGAAAUGAUGCCAGAUUCACCUAUUUGUAUAGAAGAACAUUUAACUGCAUGUAAAGAAAGAAUAGCACCAUGGAUUGUAAAACAUUUGAUGCCAUUCUAUAAAAAACGAAGAAUUAAAGAUAGGCAGUUAUUUAAAAUAGUUGCAAAGCAUGUAGCUGAUAUGCUUAUUAUUGAAAAUACAUUUCCUGAACAAGACUGUGUGAGCAAAUAUAUAGAAACAUACUUCAAAAAUAAAAAAUUUAUUAGAACUAAACAAGAUGUAUAUUUAUAAAUAUACAUUGUGUAAUUUAAUCUGUUAGGUCGAAAAAAUCUCAUAAAAUGUUUCAUAUAAUUCAAUUAUUAAUAUUGCAUUUAUUCAAAUAAAAGUUUUAAGCUUGAGAUUAAAUUAAAA